AUCAUGUAUAUUGUACGGAUAGGACUGGUGUGUGUGAUCCUGGUUACGCAAGUGAUCAGCGGAUGUCCGAACGGCUGGGAAACAUUUGACGGGUCCUGCUAUUUUAUAAUCGGAAUCACAGAAGAUUGGCUAGCCGCGUCGGACACAUGUGGUCUGUUCCACGCCCAUCUCGCUGUGGUUGAAGAUGAACUCGAGAAUAACUUUUUGAAACAAAUUAUCAACAAAUAUCAUUAUGGGCAGAUAAACGACCGCUUCUACUGGCUGGGCGCUACUGACGUGUUUGUGGAGGGAGACUGGCGAUGGCAGAGCAGUGGACAUCGACUAAAUUAUACCAAUUGGGGACCAGCAGAUCCUAACAAUCUGCAUGACCAGGAUUGUAUGCUAGCGGAAUUCACCAAUACUCACUUCUUCUGGAUCGAUAGAGGAUGUUCUGAAAAACAUAGCUUUGUUUGUGAAAUCAACGAUGGUUCUGAUGCAGUCAUUAUUGGAUGAAGGUCAAUCUGUAGUACAAUACACUUCAAUGAUACUUUUGUUUGUUAUUUUAAUUUGAAUUGAUUAAAAGUUAUCAUUGAAAGAA